AGGAAUACUGUCAAGAAAAUAAAUUAUUUGUGCCUCCAAACUGUUUAAAAAGAUCAUAUUGAUAGUAUUUGGGCCCCUGUAACCACAAACGGCCUGCUUGUAGUCGUUCUGAUGCAACCGGCGACGAAUACCGCUCGGCUGAAUAUGCAUAUUGUGAAUUUCAAAGCGAGGCUGCUGAGCCCGUGACGUCACGGUAAGAAGACUCUGGCUCCAUGCGUGCAGAAGUUCUAUAAUAGAAGGCUAUAAACACGCGACCAAAAGGCAUUUAUUUCGACCCAAAUUUGCUGUUGUUUGAGAAAUUUUUGAAAGGUAGUUAUGCCUGUGAUCUGUGCAGCUUACGGAUGCAACAGUCAGCUUGUCAAGGGAGGUGGAAUUUCUUUCUUUGCCUUUCCAAAAGAUGCGACCACGAGGAAAGUCUGGCUUCAUUAUUGCAAGAGGGACUUCGAUCUCAAGUACCACCACAAACUGUGCAGUAAGCAUUUCUCCAAAUGCAUGUUUGAUCGAGACCCAGAGAAGUUGGCGAGCCUGGGCUAUGAAAAUGCAGUAGCACGGCUAACAACAGGUGCUGUACCGGACAUUCCCCUGUCAAUUGAGAUAUCGAGUCCUUUGUCUGAAGUACCGAAACAACAACAACAACAACAACAGUCUGUUCGACCUGUCAGCACACCCCACAGAAAAGCUUUCACAAAACGUAACAGGAAGAGGGCACUGGAUGAACUCCUGGAGGAAUUCGAAAAAGACAAGGAAAAUGCUGAUCCUGAGACAUCUGGAGAAAAUAGCCAUUUACCUUCUGAAGCUGAAAGCUUUCAAGUGAUGACAGAGAAGGUUGUUAUAGAAGCACCUGUAACUAGAUCAGUGGCAACCCAAAUUGGAAAGGUAGAGUCCAUGUUGGUAAACUCAGGGGAGGUAAUUCAGUGGCAUCCUGUACAUUAUUACCAAAAUGUGGUCAUGUUUUGA